AACACUCUUCGAUAGUCUCACCACCUAAAUCUAAUUACCGGGAGCUAUUAAUUAGGUAGAAAUCGCCCAGGGAGUGUCAAUAAUGUCGGCUCGAAUUACAAUUAUGGAACAGUUUCCCCAAGUUUCUCGUCAUUUUCCUAAAUUGACGUUCACAUUUAAAUGUAGAAGGGAUUUCGCCCUUUCAGCAGACACAUUCUAUAGAUAGAAUGUAAGAUGCUGUGGUAGUUUAAUUGCCUGAAUAUGUAGAGAGCUGGGUUUACAGUAUUGUCUCUUUUUUUGUCGCCAACGGCUCUUUUGUCAUCAGCAUUAUUUAUCUGGUCAACAGUGGGCUUUGUCUUUGCAAAUGGCCCCCAUCAUGCCGUCUAUACUGGAGACAAUUAGCUGAUGCUAACCUGUGGGUACUAUGCUAAUAGUGCGCCUUGCCUUGUUGGGGCCCAAUGUGUGUGCGCAUUUUAACGACAAUGUUUUUGUUCUCGAAGAAGGCGUGCUGAAAUGAUGGGAUGUUUUUGGUGCUGGUGGGAUGUGGUGGUGAUGGUGUGUGUGUGUGUGUGUGUGAGGGGUGGGGGUAGUAGGUGGCGCAAACGUUUGUAAGACAGACAGAGGAUCCUCAGUCCACAAGGACAGCUGGGGGUCUCCGAUCUGCUUUAAGAGCGCUGGCGGUGCAGGACGACGCUCAUUUUUUAAAUUCACCUCGCUGCGUAAAGAGCGCGUAACGCCUCCAACGAAUAACCAAGGACUUAUCAUUUAACCAAAACCACACUCUCUCUUUUUCCUGUUGUGUUCUGUUCAGGUUCCGGUAGAAGAAUUGAGAAGAAUCCAACACUUGAGGACUAAACUAAAAAGGGUACUUUUCAACGCCUUUUUGUUUUCAAAAUUCUCUGCAACUUUGCCCUUCGAUCGGAGGCUAGAAUGAUGUCUUAUCUGAAGCAGCCGCAGUACACAGUCAACGGCCUGAGUUUGUCUGCCUCCGGAAUGGACCUGCUCCAUCCGUCCAUCGGCUAUCCAGGCGCCCCUCGUAAACAGAGGCGCGAGAGGACGACCUUUACGCGCGCCCAGCUGGACAUUCUGGAGAACUUGUUCGCCAAGACCCGCUACCCAGAUAUCUUUAUGCGCGAGGAGGUGGCCCUGAAGAUCAAUUUACCUGAGUCUCGUGUUCAGGUAUGGUUUAAAAACCGAAGGGCAAAGUGUCGCCAGCAGGCACAACAGUCCCAGAGCGGCGCGCAGAGCAAGACCAAACCCGUCAAAAAGAGAAGUUCCCCAAUGAGAGAAGCCAGCUCCGAGAGCGGUGCCAGCGGACAGUUCACACCGCCUCCCAGCACCUCAAAUCCGCUCGUAAGCAGCAGUACUGCCCCGGUGUCCAUCUGGAGCCCGGCCUCCAUCUCCCCGCUGUCUGACCCACUCUCUACCUCCUCCUCCUCUUGUAUGCAACGGUCCUACCCGAUGACCUACACCCAGGCGUCCGGAUACAGCCAAGGCUACACCGGAUCCUCAUCGUAUUUCAGCGGGAUGGACUGCGGAUCUUACUUGGCGCCUAUGCACCACCAGCUCUCCGCGGCGGGCUCCACCAUGAGCCCCAUGGGCAGCAACGGGGUCUCCAGCCACCUGAGCCCGCCUUCGUCCCUCUCCACGCCAGGGUAUGGGGCAGCGGGACUGAGCUUCAGUGGUCCCACAGACUGCCUGGAUUACAAGGACCAGGCCGCGGCCUGGAAACUCAACUUCAACACGGACUGUUUGGAUUACAAAGACCAGUCCUCGUGGAAAUUUCAGGUGUUGUGAGAAGAAUGAGUGAGUGACAUUAUAUUUUCACAAUGUGGUGAAAUAAACGUCAGUCAAUCCGGUGGGCCAGAUAGGUUGGCAGGGAAUGAGUCGGCGAAAGGCAUCGUUUUCCAAUGGCUGGUCCUGGGCAUCAAACUAUUACCCCGAACAGCAGCAGUGAGAGGAGAGGAGCUGCCGCUUCGUCUCUCUGACAGCGUAACAACUGCUGAGUUAACUUAUUGAAAAUUCAGUGAACUCUCUUUAACUUUGAUCAAGGACAUGGAACAAAAGUGUUGCCCAAGAAGAAAAUGAUCAAGAGAAGCUGCAACCCUUGGCUAAGCGCGUGGAAUGGGUCAGCUUUCCAUAAGCUUCUUACGACUCCCCGAUCCUCUCCUCUUGGUUGGCAAACUAAAGGGGCCCUUUGAUCAAAGCAUUGUGUGCGUGUGUGCGUGCGUGUGCGCGCCUGUGAGGCGAACCUGGAUGCACUAUUUAAUUUAUGAAAAAUGUUUAUAAGACACUAGUUCCAACAGACAAUCAACCAGUAUGCGUGUGCUCAUAAAUGUCCCCUAAGUGUUUUGGCAUUUUCUAUUUGUGUUAGCUUUUUGAGACUGUGAUUCCUUGUACCCGUAUGCAAUUCCGAGUUUCGCAUCUGCGAUCACCCAGCUGUGAAUUGAAUAGUUUUUUAAAUGUUUAAUUAAGUAUGAUAAAUUAUUACGAUGAAAUAUUAGUUGAAAUAGGGAGUUUUCAAACAGUGUGAGUGGCCGAGUCAAUGAGCAGCAAAGUUGCCUGAAACAUCAGUGUCCGUCAAUGACCAAAUACAGCUCAAUGUUGUUAUGCCAAACUGCUAUGAAAAGGCUAAACACAAAAAUAAAGAACGUUUGAACUGA